CUGGUUGAAUCCUGUCGAGAAAUUCAAUCUCGAUGGGCAAGAUGAUAUCUUUUCCACUUUUAAAAAGCAAACGCAGUGCCAAACACAGCACCAAUCACCCACGCCACGAGUCAACAUGUCAUUUCCCUCGUCUUCUACCCCAGAUCCGCCCCCACUGAUCCCCUUUGAGGAAUCUAACAGCGCGGGCAACACCACCGCAGUUCUCGUCAUUGCUGUUGUAGCACUAGCACUCGCAAUCCUUUCGGUCAUCGCUCGUAUUUACACCCGAUUAUACUCUAGACAGGGAGUUGGGCUACAUGAUUACAUGAUUGUUGGGUCCACGAUCGGACUAUCUGUCUGCGGUGGGCUUUUACUGUGGUUUUAUGCCGUUGCUGCUUACGGAUUAUGGCUGGCCGAUGUGCCUGUCGAAGGCCAGCUGGGGCUGUCAGGCCACGACCUCGAGCGAAUCACACUCUACCUCUAGAUGGUUUAUGUCGUUGCAAUGCUUUAUCUUGUCGUCAGCGGUACCGCAAUGCUGGGUAUCUUGCUCAUGUACCGCCGCAUCUUUCAAUCAGACACAAGGCAUUCAAUAUUCAGCUCAUUGUCGUCGGCGCACUCGUCUUCGGGUGGGGGCUAGCCGGGACAAUCGCCUCCGUUUUCAACUGCGUCCCUGUGGAGGAGGCUUGGGAAUUGCCUAUAAACGACGAGCGGUAUUGCUAUAAUUACAACAUCGUUUGGCUGGUAAUGGGAAUCUUUGAAGUCAUUUUGAACAUCAUGAUUCUAGGACUUCGGAUGGCAAGUCUCCGAAAGCUCAACAUACCGCUCGCGAACAAACUGUCAGCCGGGCGCAUUUUCUUCCUCCGAGGAUUUGUUGUGGUGACCGGAAUCGUCAAGGUUGUGCUCGGCUACGUCCCUACCGCCCGAAAUCCCAAUCAGUUCAAGAUUGUGCUCUGGGCUACACUUCAUCUUACCACCGCCAUAAUAUGUGCCACUCUACCAAUCAUGAACCCCAUGUUGCGACAGAUCAGAAAGUCACGGACCUUCCAGCUUGUUGCCGGGAACGUGUUUUCGAAGACAUGGAAGAGCAGAACCAACAACGAAAACAGCAUCUCGCGGGUAAAUGAUGGGAAAGCGAUAGGCAACGGCGCCAGUGGCAGCGAUCAACCCAAAACCAUACCUCUAGAUGUGUUAGGCGGAAAAGGUCGCGACAGGGAUGUUUGA